AUGACUUAAAGGUAACAUUAAAAGAAUGUGGAAUAUUUAUCCAUAGACCAAUUAAAUGGAAGAAUAAUCUAAUCAAUCAAAAACAUUUUCGAUAAAACUAAAUAAGAUUUUCAGUAAGAAGUAGACUAGAUGAGAAAGAAAUUUUAAGAGUUUACAGAUGAACUUUAAAUGUAUAUAGCAUCAGUUAUAAUUAUAGUAAAUUUGAAACAAAUUUAAAUAAUUCUUAUUAGCUACAAUUAUAAUCUAUGUAGUUAGAAAAAAAUAAUGAUGAAUAAGCCUAUGCUCAAUUAGAACAAAAUGAAUCUUCUUAAUAAUUAAUUUAAGAAGAAGUAGGAAUUGAAGUUUAGAAUGACUUUGUAAAUGAUAAUCCAAAAUAUUUACUUUAAUAAUCUAAAAAUGAUGCAUCAGAAUUAUUUGAUAAUAACUAAAAUUUGAUGGAAAGUAAUAAAUAAACAAAACCGAGAAUAAUAUUAAAGAAAAAGAAUGAUACACAUUUAGCUUAGAGUUAAGAUUAGAAUCAAUUUAAUUAAUCAACUAAAAGUGAUAUAAAAACAUAGAAAAUUAGUGAUAAACAAAAUGAAAUUUGCCAAAACCAAGAAAAUAAUUAAACAGAUGACUAAUAACAAAUUGAAAAAUAAUUUGAAAAUUUAGCAGGUGGGGAUGAAUAACAAGACAGAAAACGUUAGCAGACUCCAAGAUCCAAGAAUGAAAAUCCCAAUUAAAUAAUAUAACAAAACCUUAGAUAACAAGAGCCAGAAGAUUAACAAUAAAUCUCAUAAGAAAAAUAUGAGAUAAAUAGAAUAGAUGAAGAACAAGUAUUUUAGUAACCAAUUAAGAAAAUUUUUGUUGUAGAUAAAGAUACUGUAGUUUUGGCGUCUGAAACUCUAGUUAAAAUUAUUAAUAUUCUCAGAAAGGAAUAAAAAUGUGCAGAUACGAUAAUAUAAUAGCCUAUUUUGGAUAUUGGAAUAAUUGAAUCUAAAAACAUUUUUGUUCAAACAAGCCAUAUUUUAUAUAUAUUCAAUUUUUCUCUUGGACUUCAAAAGGUAGUAAAUCUUUGUUUAACUUAAAAUUAAUUUGCUUUUAAAAAUAACCUACUUUAUAAUUACUACUAAUUAAAUUAAAGAUUAGAAGAGCGAGAAUUGAUUCAAUUCCCUAAACUCAACAUAAAAAAACAAUUUUCUCUAGAGUCAAAUAAUAAUGUUGUUGCUAUUAAAAUAAUAGGUGAAAAAAUACAUAUUGGAUUUAGUAAAGGUUUUGUGCAACAUUAUAAUUUUUUUAAUUUUAAAGGAGGAUAGAAAUUUGAACUACAAACAACUAAUUUAACGGGAUAUGGAUUGUUUUAUUUUGAGCAAGAUUAUUUCAUUGGAGUUUAAAAGGAUUUUGUGAUCAUAAAAUUCUAUAAAAACCAUAAAGAUAUUAAAUUUCAUUCUAAAGAUACUAUAAUUUAGUGCUCAUACCUUAUUAAUCUUGAGAAAGAUUAAUUCGAAAUUCAAUGCUUAUAAGAUAAUGGGGUAAACUUAAUAAUUAUUUUUAGAAAGUGUUUUUUUAUGUAUAGAGUGGCCAAUAAAUAUUAAGAGAAUCAGUAUUAAGAUAUAAAAAUGUCUCAAGUAUAUAGGUUUGUCCUUAAUCAAAGAUAUUUUACUAUGGACAUGAAAAUGGAAAAUUAUUAUGGGGCAAAGUAAAAAAGAAAUCAUAGUGA